UGAUUGGAAUUUACUCUAAAAACACCAAUUUAUUGAUCAUUAACCACAUGACCACCUUUGCUGUUUGUUUCUGCAAUAAAUCAAAGUGCACUUGAGAUGAAACAAUAUAUAAACUUCAAAGACUAAGUGCAGAAUUGAUGAUCACCUUCCAUUUAGUGUGUAUUUGUCUGUAGCUUUUAAGCUUUGAAUUUUCAAAGCGCAGUGAUGAACCUCUUCAUUAUUCUGGUAUUUUGUCUUUUAUGUUUGAUUUCCCUUUUUCUGUGGAAUCAAAAUUCUACCAAAGGAAAGUUGCCGCCUGGCCCCACGCCUCUUCCAAUUAUUGGAAAUAUUCUACAGAUAGAUACCAAUAACAUCACCAAAUCCUUAAACAAGCUUGCAGAAGUCUAUGGCCCUGUGUUCACUGUGUAUUUUGGCAUGAAGCCCAUGGUGGUGCUGCAUGGAUAUGAUGCAGUGAAGGAAGCUUUGAUAGAUCAUGGCGAGGUGUUUUCUGGCAGAGGAAGUUUCCCAGCGAUAGAUCACAUGUCCAGAGGCUUAGGAAUUGUUUUCAGCAAUGGAGAAGUGUGGAAGCAAACCCGACGUUUUGUCCUCAUGGUAUUGAGGAAUAUGGGGAUGGGGAAGAGGACAAUUGAAAACAGAAUUCAAGAAGAGGCUUUGUGUCUGGUGGAAGCCUUGAAAAAAACCAAUGCAUCUCCCUGUGAUCCAACUUUUCUUUUGGGCUCUGCUCCCUGCAAUGUUAUCUGCUCCAUUAUUUUCCAGAAUCGUUAUGAGUACAGUGAUAAGAAAUUUCUAACUUUGAUGGAAUAUUUUGAUGAAAACAUGAAAAUUUCAAGUAGCUCCUGGAUACAGCUCUACAAUGCUUUUCCUUUUUUAAUACAUUAUCUCCCAGGAUGUCAUAAUGAGUUGUUUAAAAAUAUUGCUAUUCAAAAAAAGUUUAUUUUGGAGAAGAUAAAGGAACACCAAGAGUCCCUGGACUUCAGUAACCCACGAGACUUCAUUGACUACUUUCUGAUUAAAAUGGAAAAGGAGAAACAUGAUAAAGCAUCUGAAUUUACUUUGGACAACUUGGUCACUACCAUAUGGGAUAUAUUUGGUGCUGGAAGUGAGACAACAAGUACUACUUUGAGAUACGGACUCCUACUUUUGCUGAAGUACCCAGAAGUCACAGCUAAAGCCCAGAAGGAGAUCGAGCGUGUCAUUGGCAAACACCGGAGCCCCUGCAUGCAGGACAGGAGCAACAUGCCCUACAUGGAUGCAUUGGUGCACGAGGUCCAGAGAUUCAUAGACCUUGCUCCAAACAACGUGCCUCAUUCUGUGACUCGGAACAUUAAGUUCAGGGAGUACCUUUUCCCAAAGGGCACAGAGAUAUUAACAUCUCUGAGUUCUGUUCUUCAUGAUGGCAAAGAGUUUCCCAACCCAGAACAAUUUGAUCCUGGCCACUUCCUGGAUGAAAGUGGUAAAUUUAAGAAGAGCGACUACUUCAUGCCCUUCUCAAUAGGAAAACGGGUAUGUGCUGGUGAAGGCUUGGCCCGUAUGGAGCUGUUUAUAUUUCUGACUAGCAUUUUACAGCAUUUUACCUUGAAGCCUCUGGUUGAUCCAAAGGACAUUGACACCACCCCAGUUGUUAAUGGGUUAGGUUCUGUACCACCCUUCUAUAAGCUAUGUUUCAUUCCAUCCUAAAGAAAUUGCUGGCCUCUCUACUACAGAACGAUGCUUUCUGGCCUCUGUACUGGCUUUGUCCAUGUCCUUCUUCAGGCAAGAAUAUUUCUGAACCAUGUCUCCUUUAAUUGUCUAUAGUCUUCAAUAUCCAGUUCAAGUUUCCUGCAUGAAUUAGAGUUCCAUCUGUAAUAAGAGUAUUGUUGUCUUAUUUGUAUUAUUGAGUUACCAUGAAUUACAAUAGUGUUAAUGUUUAUGCUUUUGGUGUACAAAAAAUGACAAACGCCCUAUUGUCAAAUAUCCUCCAUCUUUGUUUUUACGUCAUUUCCAGUCUGUCCCAUUUCUAACAACCCGCAUUGCACCCCAUCUUGGUAACCUCAGUCUAUUCUCAGACUCCACGUGUUGUUUUAUCUUUGGACAUUAUCCUUCACUUUCCUGUGCUUCCUUAUACACCAUACAAAGUAAGAUCAGUUGGCAUUUGUCCUCUUUCUGAUUUAUUUCACUUAACAUGACACCCUAUAGUUCCAUUCAAGUCGUGACAAUGGAUGAUAUUACAUUUUUAUAACUUAGUAGUAUUCCAUUUUGUGUAUACAUCACACAAAAGAUAAUAUUACAUAUUUUCUUGUAAUUGAGUAGUAUUCCAUAAACAUUGCAGUUUAUUUAUGCUUUCAUUUGUCAGAGGGCAUUUGGGUUGAUUCUAAAUCUUUUUUCUAUCCUUUUGGGUCACACCUGGCCACACACAGUGUUACUCCUGGCUAUGCACUGAGGAAUUACUCUUAGCAGUGCUCAGGGAACCAUAUAGGGUGCUGGGAAUCAAAUCUGGGUUGGCCACAUGCAAGGCAAAUGCCCACUCCCUGUACUAUUGCUUCAGCCCCAGCUUCCAAAUCUUGACUAGUAUAAAUAUGGCUGCCAUGAGCUAUGAGCUAUGGGUACAUAUAUUUUUUUAAAAAUUGAUGUAUUGUGUGUUUUUUUGGUGGGGGUCUCCCAAGUGAUACUCAGAAGUGAUGGGGAGCCCAUACUGAUAAUUCUCAUCUAAUCAGACUGGUGGCUCAAUGCAAGAGAUGGGGGAUGCCAUGGUGUUUAGUCCUGUGGUGCCAACUAUUGCAAUUUAACACUGUUAGCACUAUUAUCCUAUUGCUCAUUGAUUUGCUUGAGUGGGCACCAGUAAUGUCUCCAUUGUGAGACUUGUUGUUUUUGUUUUUGGCAUAUCGAAUACACCAUGGAUAGUUUGCCAGGCUCUGCUCUGUGGGUGGGAUACACUCGGUAGCUUCUUGGGCUCUCUGAGAGGGAAGGAGGAAUAAUCAAACCUAGGUCGACUGCGAGUUAGGCAAACACCCUAUCAGCUAUACUAUCAAUCCAGCCCAUUACAUUUACUACUAAGUAAUCAAUAGGUUAAAGAAUGAAUAUAAAGAUUUAUGGAAACAAAUAAUGAAUACAUGAAUUAUCAGAUAUAUUGUACCUAGUAAAUCCCCAUUAAAAGGAGAGUUCAUAGCAAUAGAAGCAUUCAUUAGGAAAUAAGCAAAGGCCCAAAUAAACAGCCUUCCUACACAACUGAAGUUAUUAGAAAAAAGACUAAUAAAGGAAACCCAAAAUAAGCAACAAGGAAAGAAAACACAGCAGAAAUCAACAAAGCAGAAACCAAAAAUUAA